AUGAUUCAAGCGGCCUCCACUCGCCGGAGAACAGCCAAGCUUCUCGCCCGACUUCACUCUCUUCCUCACGAAUGGUCAGCUUCUGUACGGCUCCUGAUGCUGCAUGACGAUCGCAACAAGACGAAGUGUCCGCUCAGCUGGGCCGCGAGCCGCUCUCCCAUUCCACCCACAUCCUUCCACCGCAGCACUCUACAGUACCCUCGAACAGCACACCAGCAAUGACGCCCGCUCUCCUACGCUCCUCCAGGCGCCUGGCGCGGGCCAAGCCCUCCACGCCUGGCUUGACUGCUACGAAAGGGAUGUCAAGACGGACAUCUCGGAAAGUUGUCCAACCUGUUCCCGCAUUCGAUACCCUGGUGCCGAGCAAAACUCAGCCUGCUCAGGUGGUAUUCGUAGGGGAUCCUUGUGACAACACCGACGUCAGUGCUCCCCAUUCCCACACUCACGCCCAGCCCAGCAACAAUUCUGGCCCUGGUGCAUCAUGCGUGCAAACAUGCUCGGCGAAUGUGGAGAGACACCACCUUCACCAACCGGAUCUACGCUGCUGAUGCUGCCGUGACCGUUUCUCGUCGUGUGCUGUACAUCUGGUAUAAAGACGCCCAGCCGUUUACCCAAACCGCCC